UUCCCCGAUGCGGACGGAGAAUCGAAAGUGAGCCGGGCCCAUGCAGGAGGAUCCCGCGCCCGCCGGGUCCCCGGGCCCCCAGCGCGACGUCGGCCCGACCCGCACCCCCACCAUGGCGUCCCCGGGGUUGAGCUCCGAAGGGGCCCCGCGUAGCCCCAGCCCCGCAGAGGCCGAGGAGGAAGACUUCCAGUUCCUGCACUGCCAGGGCUGCCACACCCAAGCUAAGUGCCCCAAGCUGCUGCCGUGCCUGCACACGCUGUGCUCGGGGUGCCUGGAGGCGCCGGGCCUGCACUGCCCCAUCUGCCAGGGGCCCCGGGCCCCAGACGGGGCGCCCGUCCUGGACAACAUCUUCUUCGAGAGUCUGCAGCGGCGCCUGGCCGUGCACCGGCAGGUGGUGGACAUGCAGGCCGCCUGCACGCGCUGCAAGGAGCCCGCCGACUUCUGGUGCUUCGAGUGCGAGCAGCUGCUGUGCUCCAAGUGCUUCGAGGCGCACCAGUGGUUCCUGAAGCACGAGGCGCGGCCGCUGGCCGAGCUGCGCAGCCAGUCGGUGCUGGAGUUCCUGGAGAGCACACGCAAGUCCAACAACAUCUUCUGCUCCAACCCCAACCACCGCUCCCCCAUGCUGACCAGCAUCUACUGCCGGGGCUGCCGCAAGCCGCUGUGCUGCUCGUGUGCGCUCCUGGACAGCAGCCACAGCGAACUCAAGUGCGACCUGAGCGCCGAGGUGCAGCAGCGACAGGAGGAGCUGGACGCCACGGCGCGCGCGCUGCGGGAGCGCGGCGGCGCCUUCGGGGCGGCGCUCGCGCAGGUGCGCUCGGCCAUCGGGCAGCUGGGCCGCGAGCGCGCCGACGCCGAGGAGCUGAUCCGCGAGCGCGUGCGCCAGGUGGUGGCACACGUGCAGGCGCAGGAGAGCGAGCUGCUGCAGCAGGUGCACGCGUGCUACCAGCGCGACUAUGAGGAGCUGGCGGCCCGGCUGCGCCGCCUGGAAGCCGUGCUGCAGCGUAUGCGCACGGGCGGCGCGCUCGUGCGGAGGAUGAAGCGCUACGCCUCGGACCAGGAGGUGCUGGACAUGUAUGGCUUCCUGCACGAGGCUCUCUGCCGCCUGCGCCAGGAGGAGCCCCAGAGCCUGCAGGCCGCCGUGCGCGCCGAGGGCUUUGACGAGUUCAAGGUGCGCCUGCAGGACCUCGUCGCGCGCGUCUCCCAGGCGACAGACACAAUUCUGUCCAGGAGAGCCAGCCCGCCGUCUGCCAGUACCCCCGGCGACCUGCUGCACGUGGACCUGCCCGAGCAGGCACAGAAGAUGCAGGCGCCGCCCAUAGCCGUGGUGCAGUCGGUGCCCGGGGCCCACCCUGUGCCCCUGCACGCCUUCUCCAUCAGAGACACCUCCAGUGCAGAGGAGGACUCGGGCACCGUCGUGGGCCGGAAGAGGAAGUCCUGCUACACCCAGUGCCCGCAAAAGAUCAUCAAGCUGGAGUCGGAGGAGAAGGAGAGGCCGGCCCAGAGCUCCCCGGAGCAGCCCAGACCCAGCACCUCCAAGGCAGUGUCACCGCCCCAACUGGACGGGACCCCCAGCCCCGGGAGCCCCAAUGUCGGAGAAGAGGUCGACCCGGCCAACAGCAACCACGUGGCUGGCGAUGACCCCGAGGAGGCAGAAGAGCGCGUGGUGGUGAUCAGCAGCUCAGAGGACUCCGAUGACACUGAGAUCUUGGGCCUGGAGCCCCCGGGGACCUCCACGCCACACCCCCUGCCGGCCCUGGCCGCACACCAUCCUCCGGUGGGGGCUCCCCCUCGCCAUGCUGCCCUCCAGGAAGCUGAGCCUCCCCGCCCACCCGCCGCCGCCAGCCUCAGCCUCCGCGGGAUCAGCUUCCUAUCACGCCUCCACCUUGGCCCUGGCAUUGGCCUCCACGUGUCCCCCAAUUGUAUCCGCCCACUUGAACGGCGCUUCAUCAGGCCACCACCCCUGGCGUUGCCAGGUAACCCCGCCUGCCCACCCGAGCGCAGGAGCCUGCUGUCGGCCUGGAAGGGGCUAUCGGUCCGCACCCCUGUGUGCACAGGGCCUGGUGAUCCCGCAGCCGCUCCCUCCCCGGGCUCUUCCCGCUUAGCCAAGGGGUUCAGGAAAUGGUCUGCCCACCUCCCUUGGCUGCCCAGGGAGAAGCCUGCUCCAAGGGGGAGCAUCCCAGCCUCUUGUCAGAAUUCCCCUAAGGAUUCCAGCCCCGACUCUGGGGGGUUACCCAAGUCCAGGUCCCCCCGGAAGUUUCCCCAGUUGCGUUCCCUUCUCCCCACGACCCCCCAGCAGCCCAGGCCCUGACCCCCCUCUCAAAUGGGCCUCUGAGCGCCCCAAGUGCUGCCCCUCCUGGAACCUUCCAAUCAAACACUCCUGUCCCUGUCUCCUGUUGGUCAAGGCCUCUGGCUGCGUAGACCCCUGGGCUGGGUGGGGACACUGAGGGCCCUGCUUCCUAGCCUCUUGGUCCAAGAAGCAAGCACCCCUGCCCUUGGUACUGUACUGUGCCCAAGCCCCCACCAGCAGCCUGGCUGCCCCCUGCCCCACGUCCCUGCCCUGGCACAAGGCCCGUGACUCCCACACCACCUGGCAGCCCACGGCUCAUCAAUAAAUACUUGUUGAAUGGUCACCCUGGAGAAUCCUCAUUCUGAGCCCUCCCUGCACCGACACCUGCUUCUCUCUGGGGGCGCUGUGUCCCCUCUUCCCGCGCCAGGUGGGCCCUCUGCACCUGCUGUGCUGCUGCUGGGUCACACCCUGGUGCUUUGAGGGGCUCGCUCUCGGGUGUGCCCCAGGUCACCCGUGCCCACCGCCUCCUUCCUGGACUGCUUCUCCCACCCAGGUCCUGCCUUCCUGGGUGACCUCAACACCCUCCGUCCCGACCAGGCCCGCUGCCAGCCCCGUGGCCACGCCCUGCGCCUCACCCUCACCAGGAAGUACCCGCCUCAGAGCCGCCCCCUGAGACUGACCGCAGCCCCUCCCGAGCUCAGCCCUCCUCCUGCGCCUCCCUCCAGCGGCACCACCCCGGCCCUGCCCACCUGUCUCCAGGUGAGGCCCUGGCAGGCACAGGGAAUCGGUGGCCAGCUGCUCUGUGCUGCCACCUGCAGGUGGAGCUGUGCUGCGAGAAACACACCCGAGAGUCCACGGCUCACUCCCCGCUCUGGUCCCACCCUCGCCAUCAGCUGGGGCCCUCGAUGGCCUGGGAGUGGCUGACACCUGACUGCAGACCUCCCUGCCCACUGCUUUUGGGAGGGCAGAGGGGGCAUCUGCCUGCUUUAACACCCAGCCCUGCGCCAGCCUCACUCCUCGUCCCCCACCCCGCACGCAGCCCGUGCGCAGUCCUCCUGUGUGCUCCACUGCACGUUCCCUGCGCGGCAGCAGCACGGGCAGGCGCCCCGGGUCCCGGCCAUCCUUAGAACUCCGACCAGCACCUCAGCUCGGGGUCCCCUCCUCGUGCUCGGUCUCUGUGGCCCCUCGAAUGCUGCCGAUCUUCCUGCUUUGGUCCUGGGCCCUCUGCUCUUUAUCCAUGUAUCCCCCCUGCCAGUGACCUCCCCGCAGCCCCCCUGGGGGCCCCAGACCCGCCGUCUCUUCCUCUUCCCCCCACUGUCGCCAUUGGCAUGAAGCUGAGGCCCGGCCCCAGGUGGAGCGCCCUCCUGUUUUAGCCAGCGGAGGCACCCGUGGUCCAACCCCUCUGAAUCUGGGCACCAAGUUGGGAGCUGGGAAGCAGGGGCGGAGAGAGAGGCUGGGAUGACCGCAGUCGCAGGGCAGCGCCCGGCGGGGCCCCCAGGCCGGCAGUAUCCAGGGAGCCGGCAGAGGGCACAGUGGGAGCUGCACACACACAUGUCAGGUGAUGGAGACAAGCCAGAGAGCGCGGGCCUGGUGGGGGUGGGAGAGCAAGCCCUAGCCCGCGACUUUGGUCUGUGUGGUCUUUGGGUGUAUAUAUCUGAUAAAUUAACCGUGACAGCAGCCCCAGUGUUUUAAGAAAAAGCAUUAAAAGACAAAAAC